AUGUCUCAACCACCACCAUCACAUAUGCAGGAUCUGUCGCAGCAGAUUUCAGCAGCCACAUCCGUCCUGACAGGUUUUCUCUCCUCCAAUGGCCUCCCAGAGCCUUCAUUCAGCGCGAAUAGCCCUCUCGAUGCCCCUAGCAUGCCAGAGGAUGUGCAAGUUGCCCGCCGCAAUCUUCGCGAAGCGGCACAGGAGCUUUACAUUCUCGCCACUUAUCCCAGCGAGUACUUACGAUGGCUAGCUUGCAAUUAUCAUGAUUGUUCGAGUCUUCGGUGGCUGUACCAUUUCAAGAUUGCGUCGUUUGUCCCAUUGGAAGGCGCGAGAAGUUUCUCAGAUGUCGCAAAGGAUGCUGGAGUGGAUGAAGGGCAUCUUCGGAGAAUGCUGCGUGAAGCCAUGACUAACCGUAUUUUCUGCGAGCCUCGUGUCGGUUUGGUCGCGCACACAGCAGCCUCGAGUGCGCUCAUCCGGGAUAAAGGAACGCUAAACUGGGUAGGCUAUACCUUGGAAGAUUCCUUUCCUGCCUCUGCGAAGGUAGUUGAGGCGACAAAGGAAUUCGGAGCUUCCGAAGAGAAGAACCACUCUGGCUGGAAUCUUGCUUUCAAUACCAAGCUUCCGAUAUUUCAAUAUCUCUCGGACCACCCUGAACGCGCCGAGAGGUUUGCCGAGACCAUGAAGGCUUUGACAAGCACAGAUGGAUACCAUGUGCGCCACCUUGUGGAUGGCUACCCUUGGGGAGAGCUUGAGCAAGGCACUGUUGUAGAUGUAGGCGGCUCUUUAGGCCACAUGAGUAUCGCGCUCGCGGAGAAAUACCCGAAGCUGGGCUUCGUAGUCCAGGAUCUUCCCGACAUUGUUGCUGCGGGCCAGCAGGCCCUACCUGACGACCUGAAAGAUCGAAUAUCAUUCAAUGCCCAUGACUUUUUCACCCCACAGACGGUCCAGGCUGACGUGUAUCUUCUCCGGUUCAUCUUGCACGACUAUCCGGAUACCCAUGCCACGGUUAUCCUUAAGAACCUACUGCCUGCGCUCAGAUCUAACUCGAAAGUACUGAUCAUGGACGGGGUUCUACCUGAGCCAGAACGGGAGCUGGAGGACUGGAAAAAGCUUUUCGAGCAAGCUGAUCCUAGGUUGAAGCUAAACAGAGUAUUGCAGCCUCCAGAGAGCGUCAACUCAAUUAUCGAAGUUGUCCUUGAAGAGGCCUGA